CCCCUAUGUGCGCUGAUGGGCUCCACGUCAGAGCUGAGCCAAUCAGAAGGGGCGGCAGAGUCUGGCCUCGCUUUGGGGCGGGUCACUUCCUUGGGGGCCCCGCGCUUGGCUCCGGGGCUGCCAGGUCUCGGGUCUCAGAUUCUAGGUCACCUGGGACUGGAGCUGACUCUGCCAUGGCUGCGUAGAGCCAUCUCUUUCAGCUGGCUCCGAGUUGAUCAGAGUCCAGCACCCACUGCUGCCUCCCUGAGAGGAGAGAUGCUGGAGGGAGCAGAAGCAGAUCCCUCUGAACAGCCUCUUAACAGCUCCAUAGACUUGAAGAGUAGAGGAGAACCAGAGGAUCCAGCUAACGGCAACUUCAGGAAAGCUGCUGUAUCUAAAGUCCGAGCUGCAUUCAUUGCCAUAGUCGGGGUCUUGGUGGUGAUCAUCAUUGCUUUAGCAGCAGCUUUGGGAGUGGAAAAAUCUAAGCGCUCUUCUCAGUUCCCCCCUGCUGCCUCUCGGUGCCCAGACGGCUGGAUCGGGAUCAAGGGGAAAUUCUACUAUUUUUCUAAUGCUCCAAGGAAUUGGACCUACAGCCAGAGCUUCUGCUCUUCACACGGUGCCUCCCUGGCCGGAAUUGAGAGUCCGCAGGAGCUGGGUUCCCUGCUGCCAUAUGAAGGCAAACUGGACCACUGGAUCGGCCUCCGGAAGGACAUGGGCCAGGUCUGGAAGUGGGUCAACGGGACCGAGUUUGACCGUCGGUUUCAAAUACACGAAGGAGCAGAUUGUGCGUACCUGGACGAAGACCUCAGAGUCAGCAGCUCCAGCUGCAGCACACUGAGAAAACAGAUCUGCAGUAGACCUGAUGCCCCUACGUAGGAAGAGGAGUGUGUAGUGGGAGGGGACUUGUAAGCUCAAGGGAAUUGGAGACCAGAUGUGGCAAAGGCUGGUUCUCAUCCCCUCCAUGGCCCUACAUGCUACAGUCUGGUUCUUGUUUCUUAGUCUGCCUCCAGGGUGUUUGUCCAGUCCUAGUUGUCAGUUACCCUAAUGCUUGGAUUGUGCAACUGAAUGACAAUAGCCAAUAUCUCCAGUCCCAGACACAACCCUAGGAACCUCUGUCUUGCAGUGUCCAGUUAUGCCUGCUAGACACUGCAAGCGUAUAUGAGUUUGUCAAUUUAACAAAGCAAUUGGUAUUCAUAGAUUCUUAGAUUCUAGGAUUGGAAGGGACCUCGAGAGGUCAUAGAGUCCAGUCCCCUGCCCUCAUGGCAGGACCAAAUACUGUCUAGACCAUCCCGGAUAGACAUUUAUCUAACCUACUCUUAAAUAUCUCCAG